GUAUAUAAUAAAUCCCUAAUUCCCUCCGUUUUCCAAGUAGGGUUUCAGAAUCUAGGAGCAGCCUCUGCACCAAAAACAGCUUCCAGUAGCAGCAAUGGCAAGAAUCAAGGUUCAUGAGCUGAGGAACAAGACAAAGACCGAGCUACUGGCUCAGUUGAAGGAUCUGAAGGCCGAGCUUGCCCUACUUCGUGUCGCUAAGGUCACUGGUGGUGCUCCUAACAAGCUCUCCAAAAUCAAGGUGGUAAGGUUGUCGAUCGCACAGGUUCUGACUGUAAUUUCGCAGAAGCAAAAAACUGCUCUUCGGGAAGCUUACAAGAACAAGAAAUACCUGCCUCUUGACCUGCGCGCUAAGAAAACUAGGGCCAUCCGCAAACGUUUGACCAAGCACCAGAUGUCGUUGAAGACGGAGAGAGAGAAGAAGAAGGAGAUGUACUUCCCCAUCCGAAAGUAUGCCAUCAAGGUGUAGGAUAGGAUCUACUUCGGCAGAGCAUUUUGUGUUUUGAAUCAGAAUAUAUUGGUGAAAACUAUUGAGCAUGCAAAUUUUGUUUAGCCUUGUUUCGUUUGGCGCUUAUGACAUUAGACACAUGACUGAUAUGGAGCUUCAUUUGUUCCAAGUUUCAAGUUUAUUCCUAUUUUAUGUUGAGCACCCUGUUAUCUUUGA